AUGCCCUCUGCUUUUCCACAAACCCCUAUCCCCAUUGCCAUUAUUGGCAUGGGCUGCAGACUACCCGGAGGUGCAGACAACCCCUCAAAGCUCUGGGACCUCCUCUCCAACGACCGCACAGCCUGGCAAGAUGUGCCUCCAGAUCGUUGGAACUGGGAGUCCUUUCACCACCCUUACUCAGAUUCCCAAGAGGGCCACAACCAACGUGGUGGUCACUUUAUCCAACAAGACAUUGGUGCUUGGGAUGCCAAGUUCUUUGGUGUUUCCCCCAAUGAAGCCAAAGCCAUUGAUCCACAACAGCGUAUCCUUCUCGAGACUUCAUAUGAGGCUCUGGAGAAUGCUGGUAUCCCACUUGAGAGCAUCCGUGGAUCUGACACGGCUGUUUACGUCGCGACUUUCAGUCAAGACUGGGAAACGAUGAUGAUGAAGGACACACACAACCUGGCCAAGUACCAUGUAACCGGAACUCACAAGGCCAUUGUGGCCAACCGCAUUUCAUACCUCUUUGACCUGAAGGGGCCCUCACUUUCCUUGGAUACGGCGUGCUCUGGAGGUCUGGUGGCACUUCACCAGGCUUGUCAGGGUUUUCGAAAUCGAGAAUCAAAAAUCGCCCUUGUUGGAGGGACUAAUCUCAUUCUGUCUCCGGAGUUUAUGUUUGGAAUGAGCUUUCUUAAUAUGCUUAAUGACGACGGCAAGAGUUACUCUUUUGACGAGCGUGGCUCUGGCUAUGGCCGAGGAGAAGGUGUUGCUACUCUUGUUCUGAAGCGUCUCGAUGAUGCUCUUCAGGACGGCGACCCCAUCCGUGCUGUGAUCCGCAACACUGGUGUCAACCAAGACGGCAAGACAAACGGCAUCACAUACCCAAGCGCGGAAUCUCAAGAGAUGCUCACAAGAGCGGUCUACCGUCAAGCAGGCCUUGACCCAACAGAGACGGCCUACGUGGAGGCUCAUGGUACUGGGACGAUUGCUGGCGACAAGAUUGAACUUGGCGCCAUUCAAAAGGUGUUUUGUCCCAACAAGAACUCUGAGCUCUACGUUGGCAGCGUCAAGGCAAACAUGGGACAUCUUGAGUGUACUAGCGGGAUUGCCGCAGUCAUCAAGACUGCUUUGAUCUUGGAGAAGGGGUAUAUCCCUUCUGUGCCGAGCUUGGUCAACUUGAAGAAAAGCUUGCGGGAUAUUGAAAAGAAUGGAAUCAAGAUACCCCAGCAGCUACAGCCGUGGCCAUCAAAUGCUGUCCGCAGAGCGUCCGUGCAAAAUUUUGGUUUUGGUGGAACAAACGCUCACGUUAUCCUCGAGGCCUUGGACGCCUCUCCUCGAACUAAUGGGAUAUCUCAUGCCAACGGCAUCAACCACUUGGAGAAGCGCAUGGAGCCCCCUCGACUCUUUGUCUUUUCGGCCAAGUCUAAAGACUGUCUGCGUUUGAACCUCGGCGAAUUUCAGAAAUGGGUGAGCUCGCGUCAGGAGACGCUCCAUCUCGGCGAUCUCGCCCAUACCCUGGCAAGCCGCAGAAGUCUCAUGACUUGGAGAGCCAGCUACGUUGCCUCAUCAGCCAAAGAUUUGGCUUCGUCUUUGGAACGCCUGUCGUUGACGAGAUCUUCGCGACACCCACCGGUUGUCUUCCUCUUUACUGGCCAAGGCGCUCAAUGGUUUGCUAUGGGUCGCGAGCUCUUGCAGGCCGCCAGUCCAUCGGUCUUUCGAGACUCCAUCUUCAAGUCUGAUGAGAUUUUGAAGUCUCUUGGCCUGACAUGGAGUCUGGUCGAGGAACUCCAGCGAGACAAGGCGUCUACACAGAUCGACAAGAGCGAAUAUGCGCAGCCAGCCAGCACCGCAAUUCAGGUCGCCCUUGUCGACCUUAUGAAGCAUCUUGGCGUCUUACCAGAGGCUGUCGUCGGCCACUCAAGUGGAGAGAUUGCAGCGGCCUACUCGGCUGGGGCUUUGACGCACGAGGAAGCUCUGACUGUCUCAUUUUGUAGAAGCCAGAUUGCUUCUUGGUGUCAUGAGAUGAUUCCUACCCGAGGUGCCAUGCUUGCGGCUGGUCUUGGCGAGGCUUCAAUCUUGCCUUACAUUCAACAGCGUGGAAUCGUAUCGGUCGCAUGUAUCAACAGCCCAGUCAGCACGACCUUGACUGGCGAUAAGGAAGCAGUUGAGGAUGUGCAGCAACUCCUCGAAAAGGCUUCUGUUUUCAACCGGCUUCUCAAAGUUGACACUGCCUACCAUAGCCACCACAUGAGGACCGUGGCCCCCAGAUACCUAGACGCACUUGUUCGCGGGACCACCCUCUCAUCGAGGGGAGUCCGCUUCUUUUCCUCCGUCACCAUGAUGGAAAAAACGUUCGGAUUCGGCUCCGAAUACUGGGUCAAGAACCUCGUAUCGCAAGUUCGAUUCAAUGAAGCUCUCGAGAGUCUCUGCCGGUGCCUCCGCCAAGAGAAUUCAGGCAUUAUGAAUCCCGUCUUCAUUGAGAUUGGUCCUCAUGCGGCCCUCAAGGGCCCGUUUGGACAAACCCUCAAGGCUCUGAACCUUGCCAACUUUGACUACGAGUACACAUCAGCUUUGGUUCGUCUUCAGGAUGCCCGCCAGUCCGUCCUUUCUGCGGUCGGAAAGGUGUUUGAACUUGGCUACCCUAUCAAUGUCGACACUGCCAACUUUCUCGGAUCGCCAGCACUCCCCGCAAAAGUCAUUACGGAUCUCCCAACUUAUUGCUGGGAUCAUUCCGCCAAGUACUGGCAUGAAUCUCGACUCAGCAAGGAGUAUCGGCUGCGUCAGCAUCCGUAUCAUGACAUUUUGGGCCUGCGUGUCAUCAGCGGCAACUCGAUUGAUCCUACCUGGCGACAAAUUCUCAGCGUUGAUCGACAGCCAUGGCUCGCCGACCACGUUAUUGACGGUUUCAAGAUCUUUCCAGGAUCAGGCUAUGUCUGCAUGGCCAUUGAAGCAGUAUGGCAACUUGCUGAGGAUAGCAAGAAAGCCGACAAGGUCAGUCACAUCAGACUGCAGAAUGUCCGCUUCAUCAAGGCCCUCGUGAUCCCGGAUAGCCCGGAGACUGUUGAAGUCCAAAUCAUUCUUCGCCGAGGUCCCGAAAGCUGGCGUGAGUUUGUUGUUGCGGCACUUUCCGCAGAAGGACAGUGGUCUGAGCACUGCCGAGGUCUAAUCACGGCUGAGUACGGCUCCCAAGAAAACGAAGUCGAGGGAACCCGAGAGGAGGACAUCGCUUCGGAUAUGAGGGCCCAGUGGGUGCAAAACACUCGCGAAUCUUGCAAGAACGAGGUCGACCAUGAUACCAUCUACUCCAACCUCGAGCGAAACGGAAAUGUCUACGGUCCAACAUUUGCUGACAUUGUCCAUUUGAACCUCGGUGAUCAUGAAGCGGUCGCAACGGUCCGUGUCCCGGAUGUCCAAAGUCACAUGCCUGGUCAGUUCAUGCAGCGUCACCUCAUUCAUCCAACCACUUUGGACGCAAUCACGCAUGUCUUUUUACCCCUCCAAGCCAUCUAUCACAAGUCGGGAUCUGUCAUGCCCACUUCCAUCCGAGAGAUCAUUAUUUCACCGACUGUUCCAAACCAAGCUGGACGAGAACUCGAGGUCGUGGUUGGCUUGCUUGCCACUGGAGCCAAGAUUGCCGUCCUUGAAAAGGGCGAGACAGAUCUACGGGCGGAGCCAGUUGUGAGUAUGUCUAACCUUGAGACUGUGGUGAUCGGAGAGGGGCAAAAGUCGCCUGAUGAGCAUCAUGAGCGAAAUACUGUUCUUCACGUCGACUGGGAGACAGACGCCGAUUUCUUCUCAGGACCAUCACUGAGACCUACGACACCACCUGGAAACGCAGCUGUCGAUCACCAUGUCAUCCUCGCACGAGGUGCAGCUCUGCACAUCAGAUCGUGCAUCAACAACAUUUCUCGAGAUGAUGAGGCAUUUGAUCCAUCAGCCUUGACAGGUUACCGAAAGCAUCUCUUCAAAUGGAUGCAGGAUUACAACUCGUCGCAAGCGAGCAAGAUGCUACUAGCCGACGUCUCCAUGAUCUCGGCUAUCGAGAUCCUCUCGUCGCUCCCGAAGCUAAGUGUGGAGGGAGAUCUCCUCUCCACAAUCGGCCCGAAUUUGAUCUCCAUCGUCAAAGGAGAAAUGGAUCCUUUGCCACUGCUCCUCGAAAAGGGCAGACUCGGUCAAGUUCAAGAAAACAUCGAGACGGGACGGAAACUUGCCGUCCACGUCAGCCAGUAUCUUUCGUCUUAUGCGAUUAAAAGACCUCGCAUGAAGAUUUUGGAGAUCGGAUCGAGCACUGGUUUCCUUACCGGUGAUAUCCUCCAAGCGUUCGAAGGGCGGAACAUACAAUCUUAUGAGUUGACCGAUGUGUCGCUUUCGCUUUUACAGCAACUGAAGUCUUCCUUUGCUCAGCAUGAGGGCGUCAACUUCAAGGCUCUCGACAUCAACCUAGAUCCGCUGAGCCAGGGAUUUGGGCCCGACUCUUACGAUGUGGUCAUUGUUAACAACGUGCUGCGCAUCGCCAACUCACUUGAUGAGGCUGUCCAGAAUGCACGCAAGCUUUUGGUCCCUGGCGGCUCUCUCGUUCUCCUUGGGAUGAGGGACCCAUCGCCAACAUACGACCUCAUUUUUGGUAUAAUGGAAAGCAUGUGGUCGAAAUUCUUAGGUCAAUACUCCGAACAACUGCCACUCCCUUCACCAGCUGAGUGGGAGCAGGUCCUUGCGGCCAACAGCUUCAGCGGUCUUGAACCAGCGACAAAGACGUUUGACAGGGUUGGCCAGUCCUGUUACUGCAUCAUCUCAACUGCCCUUGCUUCUACAGCCCACAAGAGAAUGCCAGUCAAUAUCAUCACCAACACCGAAGGGAAACUCCUGAACUUUGCCGGCCAAUUUUCAUCGAUCCUAGCCGCUAAUGGUAUGGGCUCAUCCAUUUCUGGUCUCACUCAGCACAAAAUCGUCCCCGAGUCUCUUUACGUGGUUCUCGACGAGGGAUCCGAUCCACUCUUGGCCAACCCGUCCUCGGCAAGAUUCUCAGAGCUCAAGACACUUGCCCUCAAGGCCAAGUCUGUUCUCUGGGUCAGCAUGAGAGCAGAUGGCGCAAACUCCUCCUCGGGGGCCGACAUGAACAUGGUGACUGGCUUCACGCGGGUUGCACGCAAAGAGAACGAAUCGUUGAAGCUGGUUUCGCUAGUCGUGAAGCAAGACUCUCCUGCGAACUUGGAGAUUUUGCGUGUCAUGCUUCGUAUCAUGGACAUUUCUUUCCAUCAGCAGAGAGGUUCUACCUGCGAGCUAGAGUAUGAGUACAGCGAUGGCAGAGUGCUCGUUCCCCGAGUGAGGGCGGCGACGAACUAUCAGCGAUGGAUUCAAAGCAAGACAGACGAGACCACGACAGACACCACACUGUUCUUCUCACCAGAGAGACCUCUGAGGAUGGAGAUUGUAACACCUGGGCUGCUGAGUAGCGUUCGGUUCACCGAUGAUGAGCCCCGUGGAAUCUUGGGCCCAUUCGACGUUGAGGUCGCAGCCAAAGCUUAUGGGGUGAACUCAACCGACGUGGACACAGCUCUCGGCCAUGUCAGCGCGCAAGUCAAAGCAACAGCAGUCUCAGAGUGGGCUGGUAUAAUCACUGCUGUCGGAACUGGCCUUCGUGAGCAUUGGGAGGUCGGAGACAGAGUGUUUGGUCUCGGAGGCACGGCUCCAUUUGCGAGUACUCUGAGCAUUCCAAACCCGACUCUUAUGCGCAAGAUGCCGGUUUCAGCGACGUUUUCUGAAGCUGCCUCACUCCCAAUGGCUUUCGUCACCGCGCACCAUGCGCUCUCCAACGCUGCAAGACUUGAGACUGGCCAGAGUGUUCUGAUCCACGCUGCAGAUGAACCAACUGGUCAAGCUGCCAUCAUGAUGUCGCAGAUGAUGGGCGCCGAGAUCUUUGCCACCGUCAAAGACGCUGCCGGGAGGAAAUUGAUCAGUGACGAACUCCACAUUCCAGAAAGUCACAUAUUCUCGAGCCAAUUUUCCACCUUCAGAGAAGGCGUCAUCCGCCAGACAGCCGGAAAGGGCGUCGACGUGAUCCUCAACUCCCUUGGAGGCUCCAGGUUCGAAGACAGUUGGGCAUGCCUCGCGAGUUUCGGUACAUUUAUUGACAUUGGAUACGGUGACAGUCCCUUGACGAUGACGACGUCCGACAAGAACGCUGUUUUUGUGUCGCUCAACUUGGGGCUUCUCGUCCAUCGUCGACGGCAAGUCAUUGGAGAGGUCCUGGACAAGGUCAUGGAACUUUUCAGCAAUGGUCGCCUGAGACUUGUUUCUCCAAUCAUCAAGAUGCCCAUUUCGGACAUUGAGGACGCUUUCCGACUGCACUCCAAGACCCAGGGCAAGAUCGUCUUGGAGGCUGAUGACGGAGCUCUAGUCAAGGCCACAGUCCCUCGACCAGCGCCCUUGAAGCUUUCUUCAGACGCGACUUAUGUAAUUGCUGGAGGUCUGGGAAACCUCGGGUUGAAGAUUUGUCCUCUGCUGGCAUCUCACGGUGCAAAGCACAUUGUAGCCUUGAGCAGGAGUGGUGCAACGAGGCACUCAGGCCACCGAGAAGCUUUGAAGAAAGAGCUCGAGGCUCUCGGUGCCAAGCUCUAUCUCCCGGCUUGCGAUAUCACUGAUGGAGACAAGGUCCAAGAGGUGGCGGAGUGGUGUAUGGAGAAUCUACCUCCCGUCAGGGGCGUCAUUCAGUCAGCCACAGUCUUCCAGGUUUGUUCCAACACCCUUUUUCUGCACAAGUAUUAA